AUGGUUUUGCCAGUAGGGCAUUUGAGCUAUUCUAACACUUUUUGCUCGUCUGCAGAGAUCUUAAAGAAAGCUGGACCAACUCCGGAAUUUUCCGACCGUAUCGCUGAGGGAUUCCAUCAGUUUACUGAUCGUUGGCCAAACGAGACAGGCGUUUUGGGAGACAAUUAUUUUAUUGACAAUGGCAUCUCUCUACAAUUCAACCCACGACCAUGGAUCUGUUUGGGUGUGUGUAUGACGCAAAUGAGUGCCAUGUUUUGUGUGAUUCUCUAUUUGGGCUGGUCAAUGCACAAGAAGCUGAACUCAACAGAAAUGAUCAGUGAUCGGAGAUAUCGAUUGCAGAAACAAUUGUUCCAGUGUUUGAUCGUCCAAUUCAUUGUGCCAAUAAUCCUUGAAUAUAUCCCUUGUACUGCUUUGUUUCUUAUGCCAAUGACUGGCCAAUUUGUGGAUCUGGAAGUAUUUACGAUAGCCAUCAGUCUUUAUGCUGUAUUUGAACCAAUUGUUGUGAUGUAUUUUGUGAGGGAAUACCGCUUGGCUCUCAUCGCUUUACGUCUCGGAAAGAAAUCCCAUCCAUUGGUUAAAAUCAGCUCACUACAGACCAUGUACAACGAUUCAGUUCAAAAGGAUUUA